AUGGCAGACGCACUCGACGUGCCCUCGACCAUUGCGACCCAGAGCGUCGCAACCAGCAUCCUCACGCCCUACCUUACCGGCCUGACAACGCAGGUCCUCCUCAUCGGCGUGUACCUCGCCCUGUUCGGCCGCUUCAUCCGCGAAGAUUUCGGCCUGCACACGACGAAGGUGAGGGUGGUGGGAUGGGUGGUGCUGUUCUUGAUCGUGUGCUGUUUGGGGAUGGCUUACGAAGAGUUGGUAGAUACGGGCAUCUCCCAGCAACGGACGAGCGAAGAGCUGUUCGCCGGCCCUGCACAAUCGAACGUCCUUCCAUUCCUCUCUGGGCUCGUCGCCGCCGUCUGCCAGUCCUUCCUGAUGUUCCGCUCGGCGUUGCUCAUCUCAUCACGGCCGAUCCGCUACGGCUUCGUCGCCGUCACGACGAGCGUCAUCCUCCUCGCCCUCGCCGGCGCCAGCCUCUUCUCCGGCGUCGGCUUCCUCAUCGUCAACGGACGAGAAGGCCCAGUCGGCUACUUCACUGCCGAAGCGAUGUGGCUCUGGUCUAGCGCAGCAGCCGACAUCCUCGUCUCCAUCGCCCUCGCCGUCACCCUCCACCGCCGAAUUGCCGGCUUCAACCAGCAAACCGACAGCCUUCUCCGCCGCCUCAUCGUCGUCGCCCUUCAGACGGCUGCCUACACCUCCAUCAUCAGUCUCGCCGGCGCCGUCAUCGCCACUGCGUUCGAGAAGGACACGGCGUACCAGGUUGCUACGAUCACGCAGCCCUUCUGGCUCCCACUCCCUCCUUUGCACGGCAUCUCGCUCUACACGACGCUCUCAACUCGCCGUACCAUCGCCGCCUCCCUCGGCGCGCCAGGCGGCGUCAUCUCCCUCACACCCUCGGCCAACAUCCCCUCACUCAGCGCCGGUAUGCGCGAGAACGCGCGGCCGACUAUCGCCUCCCGCCUUGCCAGUCUACGAGCCGGUCGAAGUCACGGCUCGACAAACCAGACGGGCCAAGGAGGACAAGGGAGCGGGUUCGACACUUCGUCGACGGGGUCGGCCGGCGUCAACGUCAAGGGCUAUCGCAAGACGCAUGGACCGCUCGAGGUCAAGGUCGAGCGCGAAAGCGAGGUUACGUACGACGACGAGCGGAACGAGCUGGACCGGGCGUUCGUGGUCGAGACGAGAGGGGAGAAGGCGGUGUGA